GUCAACGAUUCAUUCCGAUCAGUAGUCACUAUUAACUCAUUUCGAGAUGAUCUCACCAAUCGUUGUUUUUUUAGCGCUUCUACUAUCAACAGAAGUUGCACCAAACACCAUUCAGAUAGAUUGUGAUGCCGUCACCACAGAUCUUCGAAAUUCAACCAGUGACGACUUGUGCGUGAUUGUCUUAAAUCAACAAAAAUGGAACAUCAGCUCCUUGGCUCAAUCUUCAGUGAUGCUUCCCAAAUUCGACAAGUUCAACUUGGUCGGUGUAAAUGGAUCGUUUCCUUCGGUGCACUUCUUUUCAACAAAAACUCGUCUCGAAAAACUACUCAUCUACGAUUCCGUCAUGCAUGAGGUACAGUUUCCCACGAUAUUAGAAAGCUUGUUGAUUACCCGGAGCCACACGCGACAACUGAUCAUCGAGAAUACGGACAAACAUCAAUAUGCUUUGCAUACUCUUGUUUUAGUUGAUAAUGAGCUAUCGAAACUUCCACGAAUCGAUCAAUUGAUUCAUUUGAAGUCAUUCAGUAUAGCAAAUAAUUUGUUAGAGAAAGUUAAUCUCACUGAGUUCGGUAAACUGUAUGAAUUGGAGUCGUUAGACGUGAGCUCCAAUCGUAUUCGUGAAAUUGUAAUCGGAACGAUAAAUCUUCUAAGUUUACACAAAUUAGAUUUAAGCCAAAAUAUGUUGAAGAGUCUUCCACAAAACCUAGGACAAUUAGGAUCCUUAGAAACAUUGGUAUUGCACCACAAUAAGUUGGAAUACAUCGAAAUGAGCCAUCUCAACGGACUAACAAAGCUGAAGAUUCUGGACCUUCGGUUCAACAAUCUUCUGAUUGGUUCUCUAGUUCCAGUCUUGCUACCAGCUUUGGAAAUUGUACGGCUUGAGUCGUGUCGCCUGCAACAGCUAGACUUGCAUAGCAUUGAAACUCCCAAGCUGAAGAAGUUGCAUAUUGAGGACAACAAGCUAGAGUACGUAGAAGCAUUUUUCGAGGGUGUCUACCAGGGUGCCGGAUUGGAGUUGUAUGGUGACAGAAAUCCUUGGAAUUGCAACUGGUUGCAGGACAAGCACCCUCGGGUAAAAUUUGUGGUCCAACAAGAUCGACAAACUUGUAGAAGAUUCGUCAAGAAUGUAUGCUGCGCCGGCAGUGAUUAUGCUACUGAGCGAAAAGCCGAUCGCAGAUUGCAGGUGGUUCAAGAACAGAAUCGAAUGAUUUAUAAAGUGCUGGAAGAACAGCAGGAUAAAUUACGAAUAAAAGGCGGAAACUGUGAAAUGAUGGGAAAUAGACUGUCUAAAAUAGAGAGCACCCUUGGGGAAAUUAUGAGCCUUGUAAAAAUGAUGGCAAUAAAGAUAGAUUCCAUUAAAUAAAAGGUUAAAAUUUAGCACAAUAAAUUAAAUUUAUCAUUUUACACGCUUUUAA